UUGGGCGACGCCGAUGCGCAGUGACGUUAAGCCACGUGACUAUACGUGCUGACAUAAUCCCGUGCAUGUCGUGCAUGUGAGGAUUCCUACGAACUACGGAGUAUCUAACUCCUCCUCUGGCGCAGACUUGACGCCUUUACCUUCUAGAUCCACGUUCUCCACGCCCUUCCUUGAGCCCGAGGCUGUGGCUUUGAGUACAGAGAGCUUCUUUGAACCCAACAUGUCUCACAGGAGCCCGUCAAUCAACACCUGGAUCUAGACUUUGAUUGUGUUUGGUGACCGCAAAUGGCGUCCGAACUGGAGCUUUCCUCAACUUUCAUUCCAGCGCUGUACAAGCCUGCGGCGCUGUUGCCCAUAGCAAGGCAUAGGCAAAGCUUACUCUAUCUUGUAGAGACUUACCCGGUCACCAUUGUCGUGGGGCAAACUGGUUGCGGUAAAACGACGCAGUUGCCUCAGUAUCUCGACCAAGCAGGAUGGUGCGCCGAUGGGAAAACCAUAGCAGUGACGCAGGUGAGUCUCAAAACACGUUGCAGCAAUCUCCCAGGGAGAAAGGCUAAAGUGACUCCAGCCGCGCCGGGUGGCUGCCACCACAGUGGCAACGCGAGUAGCGGAAGAAAUGCGCUGCAAAGUGGGCGAGGAUGUGGGAUACUCAAUUCGUUUCGAAGACCUAACCUCCGCUUCUACGAGAAUCAAGUUCCUAACGGAUGGGAUGCUACUUAGGGAGGCCCUUGUAGACCCUCUUCUAUCACGAUACUCCGUAAUCAUGGUGGAUGAAGCCCACGAAAGGUCACUUAGCACAGAUAUCCUUCUGGGGAUUCUCAAAAAGAUUAUGAAGCGUCGUCCUGAGCUCAGAAUUGUGGUUAGCAGUGCAACACUGCAGGCUGAGGACUUCCUACGGUUCUUCGCCGGCGAUGAAUCCACUGAUGACGACGGGUGGGUUCAAACUAGGGGAAACGUGGGACGGAUCAUUAGCCUGGAGGGUCGGAUGUAUCCUGUGGAUAUCCUUUAUCUUGAGUCGCCCGCGGAAGAGUAUGUUGAAAGAGCGGUUAAGACCGUUUUUGACAUACAUCUACAGGAAGGAGACGGCGAUAUUCUUGUGUUUCUGACAGGCCGAGAGGAGAUCGACACCACCGUGCAAUUAAUUUCUGAGCGCGCUGCAUCUUUGCAUCCAAAGGCCCAAGGAAUUCUUGCCCUUCCCCUUUACUCCGGUCUCACGACAGACCAACAAAUGUAUGUUUUCGAGCCGGCGCCGGAGAACACGCGCAAGGUGAUCGUAUCCACGAACAUUGCCGAAGCAUCUGUCACCAUUGACGGCAUUGUAUACGUCGUCGACUGUGGAUUCGCCAAAUUAAGGGCGUAUAACCCAAACUCCGGGAUUGAGACGUUAACGGCAGUACCGAUUUCGAAGGCAGCAGGGGUUCAGCGUGCCGGCCGAGCAGGUAGAACGAAACCUGGGAAAUGCUUCCGACUCUACACUCAGCAGGCGUACGAAGCCCUUUCGGAGGCGACCGUCCCCGAAAUUCAACGAUCAAACCUUGCGCCAGUCAUAAUGCAGCUCAAAGCUCUCGGUAUAGACAACAUAGUGCGGUUCGACUUUUUAACGCCGCCUCCUGCCGAGCUUGUGAUUCGUGCGUUUGAGCUACUGUACUCUCUUGGAACAGUGGAUGAUUAUGCCAAGCUCACAAAACCUUUGGGCAUGCGUAUGGCUGAACUGGCAGUCGAUCCAAUGAUGGCCAAGGUUCUCCUUUCUGCGCAGUCCUUCAAUUGCUUGAGUGAGAUCCUUUCCAUCGCAGCGAUGGUCAGCCUCCAGGGAUCAGUUUGGGUGCAACAUGAGGGGGACAGAAAAUCAGCCGAGAGCACUCGCCGGAAGUUCGCCGUUGAAGAAGGCGACCAUCUGACGUAUCUCAAUGUAUACCAGGCGUUCGUUACAGUUGGCAAAAAGGAUUCCAAAUGGUGUCGGGACAAUCUCUUGAACUAUCGAUCCUUGCUACGGGCUGUGAGCAUCAGAGCUCAGCUAAAGCGUUAUCUCGAGCGGUUUGGCAUUCAGGUUGACGAGACCCUUUCUUCGUCUCGUUCCAAGCAGCCUAGCCUAGCUAAUCCCUCCGAAUCCCUUCGGAGAUGUCUCACGACCGGUUACUUCGCCCACGCCGCCAAGAUGCAGCCCGAUGGAACGUUCAAGACCGUCAGCGGAGGUCUCACACUGCAUGCUCACCCCACUUCACUGAUGUUUAAUCGGAAAGCAGACUGGGUGAUCUUCCACGAGAUAUUGCAAACGGGAGAGAAGACCUUCAUCCGGGAUAUCACCAAGAUCGAAAAAGGAUACCUUGUUGAAUAUGCGCCCAACUAUUAUAAAGUUCAAUGAUGGGUUCGGCCGCGCCUCGUUUCAACGGAUAGGCUGUCUGCCUCGCUGAGGAGGGCAAGUAAUAGAUCAUAUACCCUAUGAGGACGGAAUAAUGAAUCGACGGUGUACAGUACCUGGUAGAAAUCAUUCAGCCCUAUAGAGUACGGCGUAGUAAGACCAUUGACGUCAUACGACGGCUUUGUUUUCGACACUUCGGAGCGGAAGAAGAUCCGCCUUUUG